AUGAGUGCUCUCCCGGCUACGCCGGCGGGAGCGAAUCCGUUCGCAAUUUAUCUCGACGCGCUCGAAGCCCAGCUGUACCCGUCCGGGGGCGCUCACGGCUUCGCCGCGCGAGCCUAUGUCCUGCUCGCUGUCUGCGCAUACGGGAUUGUAAUCUCAGUUGCGUACGGAGCGGCUCUGCUUUGGCGGUCGCGGCGAAGAGGGAAGCCGCUAUGGGUUGCGCGCAAAGUGGACGGAUACCUCACCCUCAAUCUCGCCUUCUUUGUUCCGGCAGGCGGCGCCGUCUGCUGCGCUUUCAUGCUCGCCUACACUUACCUGCAAUAUCGCCUCUUCACCCUCCCCUCCCAUCCUUCCUCCUCCCUCUACCCAACAAACGCCUUUCGACCGUACUGCUGGAUCCCGCUCGUCCUUCACGGCUACAGCGUCGCCGCCGCCUCGGCGCAAGCUUGCCUCGUCGUCUCGCACCGCACGAGCGCGUUCUCGAAGCGACGGAACUCGCUCCUCUCGUCCUCGAUGGACUGGUCAAGAUUGGCAAAGCCGGCAGUCGUCAACGCCAUCUUCUGGAUGGGUCUGCUGUUCUUCCUCCUCGUCCUCCUCAUCCCCGACAUCCUCUUCUCCAUCUCGUGGUCCCGCACCUACUCCAAGAUUGCCUCUCUGGAGUCGUACCUCGUCCAGCAGACGUCGAACCCCAGUGCCGGUGUCCUCCAGCUCGUCCACCUCGGCGAGUUGUUCGAGGCGAUGAAGGCUGCUGCGGCGCACACUUGCCAGCACCAGCAAGCGGUCGUCGCCGCCCUCAUCUUCGCACCCGUCUUCCUCGCUCUCAUCACGUCACUCGCUACCUUCCUGCUUUGCCGCCUACUCCGCCAGCAGAUUCGCUCCCGCAGCGUCCGCCGCUCAAUCUCGGUCGGCUCUCCCUUCCUCCUCAGCACCGCGUCGCCAGUCAGCGCUUCUGCUGACGCCGGCCUCGUCAGUCCAACCGAAACGAUCGCGAUAAACCCGCUCGAGGUUCAGAUUCAUCUUCCUUCGUCCAUCCGCGACUACGGCGGACCCUGGUCGUCGUCCGAGAAGGCAGACAAGCUUCAUCCGCCAAGUCGACCCAGUACCAGUCGACGACCAAGCAGCCUCUCUUUCGGCACCCUUCCAGCCAUCCCGACUUUGGCUCGACUCGGCUCAAAGGCCCGAGGGUUGUCCGCCAACACCGUCUCAACCCUUGGGCUGAAGACGCCGCUUGCGGAGGAUGUCGAGGCAGAUGUUGGGUUCCAGCUGGCUGUUGCGGCGAACCAUGCGGCGGGUCGAGGGGACGAGACGCUCGACGAGCUGAAGCGGGCGAAGCGGGACUUGCAGAUUUGCGCGACCGUCGUCCUGCUACUCACUCUCUCGCUCGCCGCCGAGAACUGCUGGAACGUCGCCUACAUCGUUCCUACGCCUUAUCCCGACCUGAGCUGGGCUUCCGUCGAAGCGGCCUUCUUCCUGCCGCCCUGGCUGUACGCGACCAUAUUCUCCGUCGGACCUACCCUCCUCCUCGCCAGCACCCUCGCCACCUCGGCUGCGUCGCCCUUCUCGCCUACUACUUCUUUGUCGACACCGACACCGCAUGAGCUACGCAGCCCUCCAGCACUGUACCUUCCUCGACAGAUCAAGAUCUGGCGGCGGACGGAAGUCACGACGAGCGAGAUGGUCGAGGUUCGGCAGGUUCCGACGGCGCCUCAUCCGCUGGGCAAGCAUUCGGCUGCAGUAGACUUUGUAUGA